UUUAUAUACUCUUUGUCUUUGCUGUAUAUAAGACCGUGGUUUUAAUAAUUAUCUGUGAUGAUUAUUACGUUUAUGUUAUAGGUUAUAAUCAGUUAUAAUCCUUUUACAUGUUUUCUUUAAGUUGUUAUUCAAAUAUAAAGAUUUACUUUUUAUAAAGGCAAAAAUUUUUGAUUUUUAAAUAACAAAUUAAAAAUAACGAUGUUUAUUGGAACAUCAAGGGAAAAGUUUUUCUAUCACAAUACAUUAUUGUGUCUAGUUAAAUCAUUGCAAGAUAAAAAUAUUACAGUUGAUCUUCGAAAUGAUUCUUAUGUCUGCGGUCAACUUAUACAGGUUGAUGGCUACAUGAACCUUUCUUUUAGUAAAGCAGUAUACUGUGAUAGACGAGGAAAUGAAUAUUAUUUUGAGAAUUUGUUUCUACAAGCUCGAAAUCUUAGAUAUGUUCAUAUACCCGAGAAUGUGUCCAUAUUAGGAAACAUUAAAAAUGAAUUUAAAAAGGCAAAUAAGAAAGAUAACGACAAGGAUGAUAAACCGAUUUUGAAAUCACGAAAAGCAAAGAAGGCAUUACAACAACAUAUGAAAACUGUGGCAUCAUUAGAAAAUUAAUUUUUUUAAUUAUAAUAUAACCAUUAUUAAACUACUUGUAAACUAUUA